CUCCCCUCACCUGCUGCUCUUUAAAUGCAGCAGGCUGACACCACUCUGCCUGUGUGCCUCGGGUUGGAUGAAUUACUAUCACUGACUUCUGAGAACUCUCAGGCGGACCUGUUUAUCCACAGUAUUUACAGCGAAAGAGAAUUCAAUGCAACAUCAUUUUGGGGAUAUCUUGACUGUUUUAAAACAAUAGCAACAGUGGGACUGAACUAAAUUGCUCAUCUUUGAAGAACAAUUUCUAAUUUGUAUUGAUAUGGAUUUCUUACAGCUGCCAGAAAGAAUCAUUGCCGAAUCGGUGGGAAUGGACAAAAAGCAAGAGAACUCAGCAGCGGUCAGAGACCGAGGACAGACGCUUGCUGACUUCAGCAGCAUCUACAGCAAAGACCUGCUCCCAGCUUCAGGUGGUGAGGACGUUACCAGAGGAUUUCUGCAGGAGCUGCUCAACAUCUUGUUGAGCUAUAUCAGCAAGUCAAGCCAGAGGGGCUCCAAGAUACUGGACUUCCACCAUCCUCACCAGCUGAAAGAGGGACUGGAGGGCUUUAGUCUGGACCUGCCGGACCAACCGGAAACUCUGGAGCAGAUACUUGUGGACUGUAGAGACACACUCAAAUAUGGCGUCAGUACAGGCCAUCCGCGUUUCUUCAACCAGCUGUCUUCAGGUCUAGAUGUGAUCGGGAUAGCAGGAGAGUGGUUAACCUCUACAGCCAACACUAACAUGUUUACAUAUGAAGUGUCUCCUGUUUUCAUCCUCAUGGAAGAGAUUCUGCUGAGAAAGAUGCAAAGCAUUGUGGGAUGGUCUGAUGAUGAGGGAGACGGAUUCUUCUGUCCAGGAGGCACAAUAUCCAACCUGUACAGCAUCCUGGUAGCCAGAUAUCACUUCUACCCAGAGGUGAAGACCAAAGGGAUGGGACGUCUGCCUCAGCUGGCCCUCUUCACUUCGGAACAUAGUCACUAUUCAGUGAAGAAAUCUGCAGCUGUACUGGGGCUGGGCAGUGACAAUGUGGUCAUGGUGAAAUGUGAUGAAAGAGGGAAAAUGAUCCCAGCUGAACUGGAGGCUUGCAUUGUUACAGCUGAAAAAAAGGGUUUGGUUCCGUUCUUUGUGAACGUGACAGCGGGCACCACCGUGUACGGAGCCUUCGAUCCCCUGAACGCCAUUGCCGACAUCUGCCAUAAACACACACUGUGGAUGCAUGUUGAUGCAGCGUGGGGGGGAGGCCUGCUGAUGUCAGACAGGCACAGGAUGAAACUACAGGGCAUUGAACGAGCCUGGUCUGUAACAUGGAAUCCGCACAAGAUGAUGGGUGUCCCUCUGCAGUGCUCUGUCAUACUAGUCAAGAAGAGAGGUCUCUUGCAGGAGUGUAAUGAGUUGGGGGCUGAGUACCUUUUCCAGACAGACAAACCCUACGAUGUGAGCUAUGAUACUGGAGAUAAGAGCAUCCAGUGUGGCCGGCAUGUGGAUGUCUUUAAACUUUGGCUCAUGUGGAAGGCAAAGGGUUCAGAGGGCUUUGGAUCUCAGGUCAACAAAUGCUUAGAGAAUGCUGAAUAUCUGUAUGACCAACUGCAGAGGAGGACAGACUUUGAACUGGUCUUCAAAAGCAAACCAGAGCACAGUAACGUGUGUUUCUGGUACAUCCCCCCCAGUCUGAGAGACCUGCCACCAGGACCUGACAGAGACACAAGACUCCAUCAGGUGGCUCCUCGGAUCAAACGCAGGAUGAUGGAGAAGGGCUCUGUUUUGAUUGGCUAUCAGCCUUUGGGAACCAAAGUCAAUUUCUUCAGGUGUGUGUUCUCCAAUCCUGCCACACAGCAAGAGGACGUUGACUUCCUGCUGGACGAGAUCACCCGGCUGGGUCACAACCUAUGACAUCUUAAUUGAUUAUUUGGUCUUAGCCCAGUGGAUGUCAUUGUUUUGCUGUGGAAUGAGCCUACAGUCUAUCCAGUCUGGGUACACAGGGAAACAUAGGUACACAGGCUUUUGACAAUUACUGUACUUCUAGCUAUGCUCUAUAGUCCUUGCUGAACAUUACCACUUUUUAUAGUUUUACAGCAUUACACAUGCUUACAUUUCAAAGCAACUAUUUACUAUCAUUUCACAAGAAAAGUGUCCUUUUUUAACAUUGAUGUGACUUUGCUGACCCGAGGGCAGCAUGGUGGCCCAAUGGUUAGCACUGUGGCCUCACAGCUAGAAGGUUCUGGGUAAAUCCAGGUCCUUUCUGUGUGGAGUUUCUAUGUUCUCGUCCGGGUGCUCCGGUCCCCCCCCCCCCAUCCAAAAACAACAUUGAGCAAGGCACUGGCUCAGAACUGGAGUUGGUCACAGCACGCUGUAAAUGGCUACCCUCUGCUCCCUUGAGGAACUGGUUAAAUGCAGAUAGUAAAUUUUGCUUCAUGUGCUGUAUAUGUAUGUGACAACGAAGUACCUUUUUUAAAAAUGUGUUGUCUCUUCUCUCAUGUCUUGGUUUGGAAGCCUCUAAAAAACUAAAACUAAAACUAGCAAACACACCCUGGAAGCUAAAGCUUAACAUAAAUGAAACUGAAAAGUCAAAACUAAAUGACAGCUGAUUUGGAGUUUUAAAGCCUCACGGCAACACUGAGGGCUCCUGCAGGACUGGGUGUCAGUUAGCAAUCUGAACACUAGAUGGAGUCAAACUCCAGUCAGACAGUGCCAAGGGGCUCCGCUCCCUGUUCUGAAACCUGCAAUACUGUAGAUUAAAAUUUCCCAUCACACAUGUGUGCGCAUUUUAUCUGCACAGAGUUUAAUGCCAUCGUUCUUCCACCUUUUCCUAAAUCUCUCCAGCCAAACACUGAAAAAGUGCAUAAUUACUGUGAGGAAUUAAACUAAUUAAUGCACACUGUUCUUGUUUCACAAAAAUUCCCCUAAAUUUGGGAGGUGAUAAUGAUAGAUAGCCCAGGCCCCUCACUAUUGGGGUGGCUAUAGUUGAGCGGGUGUGAGUGGCUGUGUGCUUGGGGUUCGUGUUGUUACAUGAUGUGCUGUUUUGUGUAAUGUGGUCACAAAUCAGUGAAAUGUUGGUAUAUUAGUAUAGAAUGUAUCUGCUGUUAUAAUUAUGUAUGUAAUAAUGUGCACUGCAUUGUCCC